AUGGACGCCCUCGUCCUCAGUCCGCCUCAGCACCUCGGCAAACACCCGGCCAUCCACCCUCUCGAGGAAGGCCAGCAGCGCCACCCACACGAAAUCCGCAUACGACACCUCCCUUCCCAUGAAGAACGGACCGCCCUCCGCCCUCCCUUUCAGCAGCAGCGCCGUCAGCCCCCGCAGGUGCGGCUCCGCCGCCGCGUACGCCGCCUCCCCCCCCCUCGUCUCCUCCAGCUCCCGCACCGUCACGCCGAGCCGCCGCCGCCGCGUCUCGUACCAGUAGCCCCUCGACGCCUCGUUCAGGAUGGUCGCCGGCACGCGCGCGUAGACGGCGGGGCCCAGCGCCGCGCCCGCCGCCGCGACGAGGCGCUCCACCUCGGGCAGCAGGGGCGCGUCGAGCCGCAGCGGCGGGUCCGGGUGCGCGGCCUCGAGGGCGCGGGCGAUGUUGGCCGAGUCCAUGAUCCACGUGCCGUCUGGGAGGACGGCGGCCGGCAGGGUGUAGGGCACGCCUGA